AUGGAAAAGGCAUCUCAUCCGCACUAUAAUCUUCCGAUUCCUGAGUUUAGAAUUAAGAAAAAGGGAGCCAAGAAGGUAGUCAAGAGGAGUAACAUUAAAUAAAGAAAGCUAUCAUCCAAACUUUGGCCCCUUCCUUCAGUCAUCAACAAUAAAGAAGUCUGCGCAUAAGUAUGAAAACAAGAUGAGAGGAGGAGUCUCUCAGACUCCUGCUAUUGGGCUAAAUAAAAAAAAGGCUAAUCUAGUUGAGAAAGAUAUGGAGCACCUGUCACACACUUUAACUAAGAACUCUUCAUACCUAAGAAGGGACAGUAAAGAAAUCAUGAAUUGCAAAUAAACUUGACUUUGGGCUUAAAAAUGAGACGCAAGGUGAAGAAACCUUGAAAUCUGGGGAAAAUGCUUUUAAGUACAAACCGCCGGAGUAUAAAUUCAAAAAGCAGGGGAUUCUUGAUAGACCAGCACACAAAAUGUUUAAAAAGUUUGUCACUGAGAAGAUGUCAGGAAGUAGAACUCGGGAGAUCUCCUCUCUCAAUGAAAAGAUAAAAAUGCUUGAGAAGAAACUCAGGCACAAGGACUGUCAGAUCAGAGAACUUGAAAAGGAGACUACCAAAAUUAUUAAGAGCAAGGAUAAGGCCAUAAGGAAAUUCAAAGAAUAUAAAGAUGCUAAAAAUAAUGAAGAAGAACAGAAAGAAGCUGAAGAAGACGAAAUGAGAGAAGCCCUCUUUGAAGCACUUGAGAAUUAUCAAGAAGGCGAAGGUGAAGGUGAAGGAGAAAUAGAAAUUGACCUCGGUAUUGAUGAAGAUGAUAUGGAAGAUGGUGGAGAUAAUGCAGAGAAGUAUAAGCACAUGCUCUUAGCUAUGACUAAUCAGAUGCUAUCGGAGAAACUUGAAGAGCAACAACUCGAUGAAGCAAUAAAGCUAAGCUUGGCAGCCCAAGAAAAAGCUUAAGAUGGAUGCAGGUUCUUAUAUCAUUCUGUAAUUAAUAUAAUUUCAUUUA